GAAUUCAUUGCCAUUUUUUAGAAGUUCAAUUCAAUUGCGCUUUGAUAAGAUAUCUGUACUGAAUAAAGAGUUUUUGUUUUGUAGUUCUAUAUUAAAAUUUAUAUUAAGUUUCUUAUUCUGUGAAUUAUGAUGGGUAACUCUACUUCAUCUUCUAGCUCCGAGGACGAACAGGAUCAACAAUUAAAUAUUCUACAAAGUCUGUCCAACUUUGAAACAGUAUCGCCGCUAACAAUUGCCAAGGCAUUCUGCGAAGCGGUGGACUCUGACCGCAAAACGCUGUUCAAAGCUUUGCACGAAAAGGUGCAACUCAACUGGUUCGGCCGAACUGUUAGACGAUCAAAAAACGUCAUCAAGUUUCUCAAUUUAAUUGCACCGUACACCAGCCAUCAGGACAUCUCCGCUUCCGAGAUUAUCCCCGACAUUUCCAGUUUCAGUUGGGAUAGUUCUGACAGUGAUGAGGAAUAUGAAGAAGAAGGAGACAUUCAAGAAUCAUCAAACAUCAAUGGCACCAUAAGAAAGAACUCCCAAGCAUCAUCAAACAUUGACGCUCAACGAGAUAGCAGCAAACUAUCGAAGACUGAUCCAAAACUGCCAGAAACCUCCCAAGAACCGACCAAAACUGAAAAAGGUCAACAAAAAAUUCACCAGUACCUCACCAGUGUUAAAAAUAUUAAGUCUAGUAUGCUGAUUGAGCUGGAAUGCAAGCCACUGAGGGAAGACCACGUGGAAGUGGAGGCAGAUAUUUCGAAAAAUCAUCAAAACCUGGGGAAAAUUGAAGGAAUUGUUAAAAACUCAGCGAAAACCGGAGGACUAGAUCAAGGAGUUGAAGUGGGACCUGCACCUGUCGCCAAAAAAGACAACCUAGGAAAAAACAAAGGGGUAGAUCAAGGAAUCGAUAUGGGAUCCGCACCUGUUACCAAGAAAGAGAACCUGGGAAAACGCCAUGCAGAGGAUAAUACAUUUUUUGAAAGUCUGCGAGUUGAGAGACAAGAGAAUAAAAUGAGGGAGAAUAUGGAGAAGUCGUUCAAUAUUGAACCAGAAUUGAAUAACAACAAAUAUGAUGAUAUUGUACCUAGAUUGGAGAAUAUAAAACCAUUGGGUGAUGAUAAUUAUGAUGAAGUUGUACCUAAAAUUUGUUGGUCCAAGUUGAAAAUUAGCAGCGAGUCUGAGUCUCAGAAGAACUGUGGAGACAAUGAGGAGAAUACAUUGAAGAGUUCUGAGCAAAUCAACAAAUCAAACUCUAACCUGGAAAAUAUAAUGCAAGUUGAUGAGACACCCGAAGAGCUUUCAGAAGUUCCCAAGAAAGUGGAGAAGAAAGGAAGUGGAGGAAUUGAAGAAGCAAGUUUGAGACAGGUAUUGAUAAAGGGGACAUUUUUCAUGGGCAAGGCUGAGAAGAAGGGUCAGAAGAAAAGGGUGUGGGAGAAAUUGAUGAGAUCACUCUCUAUAAUUUUUGAUAGGCAGGAUAUAAAAUUUAUUGAAUAUACGGGUGCGUCGUGUGCGAGAAAUUUGAUGAAAUUCUAUGAUGAGGAGGAUGGUGAGGGAAGCAGUGAAUAAACCAUGAGGCAUUCAAUACAUUUUUUAAAUGUAUCUUGAUUUCAAUACCAUGUGAUAAAUAUCGUUAUCUACCUCAUAUUGAAGAGUCUCCUAUAGCUAUAAUUCGCAAUACAUUUUUCAAUGUAUCUUAAUUUCUAUACCAUGUGAUAAAUCGUUAUCUACCUCCAUUGAAGAGUUUCCUAAAUAGCUAUAAUUUUCAAUAAUUGUAUCUAGACCUUAUUUCAAUCAAAAAUAUCAAUUCAUACUAUAAUAUAGAUUUUAUAUUAUGUGUAAACAGCUUAAGUCUUAACAGAAUCAAGGUAUUCAUUGGAGAAUUUCCUAUAGGUAGCUAUAAUUUGCAAUGCUUUUUUCAGUGUAUCUUAAUUUCAAUACCAUGUGAUAAAUAUCGAUAUCUCUACCUUGUUUGAAGAGUUUCCUAGGUAGCUGUAAUUUGCAAUAAUUGUAUCCAGACUUUAUUUUAAUCAAUAAUAUUAAUUUAUACUAUGUUACAGAUUUUAAAUUAUGUGUUAACAGAUUAGGUCUUAACAGAAUGAAGGUAUCUUGAUUGCAAUAUCAUGUGAUAGAUAUCGAUAUCUCUACCAUGUUAAUUAAAAAUAAUUUGAAAUAAUUGUACCUUAAAGUUAUUUUUAUCAAUUAGAAUCGUUUCUAUAUUAUGUGUUAACAGAUUAGCUCAAUUUUAAUAUAAUGUAAUCAACGUAUAGAUAUAGUGAAGUUUGAAGAUAUUAGAUAGUCAUCAUGAAUAUUUUAAUAAUUAUAAAAUUUAUGACAAGAUUCAUUCAACAGAUGAACAGACUCCAAGAUGGAUAGAAUAUUGUUCUCUUCUUUUUAAUCUGCAGAAAAACGUUGUAUUCUGAAAAUGUAUCUUCAAUAUAGCUAUUUUCUUUGUUUAAUUUCAAAAAAUGUACCGGUAUGUGAUUUGAAAUAUUUUGUUGUCCAUCGUGAACAUUACGACCAGAGUUGAAUAUCUUGGAAAACGCAAAACAAAUAUUAUAGCAAUUAGAAAUUUUGAUAAAAUUGAGCAAAUUUUAUUUAUAGCAAUUAUGAAAUUCAUUAACAGACA